GGGUUCGCUUCAGGCCCCGGCCCCGAGCGGCCCCCGUGGGGCUCGGCCCCGCGCCCGCCCCGGCGUCACCCCUGGCACACGGCCCCGGCCCGCGGCCCCUGAGGCGGCGGGGCAGUGCCGGUGCCCCGCAGGCAUCUGGAAGGUUCGGCUCGCCCGCCCCCCGCCGCCCCGACCCUCGUGCUCUAUAAAUGCGGGCGGCGGUGGCCGGCGCGCUCAGAGGGGCGGCGCCGGGGCCAUGCUGGGGGUCUGGCUGCUGCUCUGGGGCUCCGCGGCCCUGGGCGGCCGGGCGGACACCGCCUUCCUGCGCCGCGCCCAUGACAGCUCCGGGCGCUGCACCUACUCCUUCACGGUCGCCAGCCCCGUGGAGGCCGCCUGCCCCGAGGCUGCCGGCGGCGUGCCCGAGCUGCGCGCCGAGCUGGCCGCCCUCGCCUCCCGCCUGAGUCGGCUGGAGAGCCGGGAGCGAGCAGCGGCGGGCUCGGGGCCGCGGGGAGCCGAGGCGGGCGGCGCACGGGACCCCCAGCAAGUGGAGGCUGCGUACGGCGAGCUGCUGCGGGCCAAGUCCCGGCUGGAGGAGGAGAAGGGGCGGCUGGAGCGGGAGAAAGAGGAGCUGGGCAGGCGGCUGGAGAGCAGCGCCCAGGAGGUCGCCCGGCUGCGGGCCGCCCGCUGCCCCCCCGGCAGAGAGGGGCCCGGCCGGGACACGCUGCGCGCCCCCGCCAAGGCGCCGCGCUGGGAGCCGCAGCCCCUGAGCUACCAGGAGCUGCAGUCGGAGAGGACCGAGGUUCCCGUGUCCCGGCUGCUGGAGGAGGCGGCGCUCGGCCGCCCGGGCAAGGAGGACGCAGCAGGCUGCGGGCAGCUGGCGUGGGUGGGAGAGCCCGUGGUGUUCGGCCGGGCGGACUCCAUCGCGGGCAAGUACGGCGUGUGGAUGAAGGACCCCGAGCCCGUGCCGCCCUUCACCCGGGACAACACCUGGCGUGUGGACACCGUGGGCACCGAGGUGCGCCAGCUCUUCCAGUACGAGGAGGCCGAGCAGCUGGCCCGGGGCUACCCCGCCAAGGUGCACAUCCUGCCGCGGCCCCUGGAGAGCACGGGCGCCGUCAUCUACCGCGGCGGGCUCUUCUUCCAGCCCCGCCAGUCGCGCUCCGUGGCCCGCUACGACCUGCGGGGAGAGACCAUCACGGCCGAGAGGGAGAUCCCCGGCGCCGGCUACCACGGGCAGUACCCCUACUCCUGGGGGGGCUACACCGACAUCGACCUGGCGGUGGAUGAGACGGGGCUCUGGGUCAUCUACAGCACUGAGAAGGCCCGGGGAGCCAUCGUCCUCUCCAAGCUGGACCCCGAGACGCUGGAGAUCCGUCGGACCUGGGAGACCAACAUCCGCAAGCGGGGGGUGGCCAAUUCCUUCCUCAUCUGCGGCACCCUCUACACCGUCAGCAGCUACUCGGCGCCCAACGCCACCAUCAACUUUGCCUACGACACUGCCACGGGCUCCAGCCGGGCCCUGAGCAUCCCCUUCGAGAACCGCUUCCGCUACCUCAGCAUGCUGGACUACAACCCUGCCGAGCGGCAGCUCUUCGCCUGGGACAGCUUCAACAUGGUCACCUACCCCGUGCGCCUGGCCCGGCCCUGAGCCCAGGCUGGCGCUGCGCCCGCUCAGCCCCCGGCACCUUCUGCGUGCCUUGGCACCCUGCUUCCCUCCCCAUGUCCCUGGCACAGCCUCGGGGAGUGCUGGGGGCCACAGCCACGCAGCAUUGUGCUCAAGUGCAGCAGAGAGAGAUGAGAGCCAGGGAAAUGCCUCUGACCAGCCUCGGGGAGUUUCGGAUGGGUCACAGCAGUGACCCCUGAGCUGCUCCAGCACCUCCCUGAGCACCCAGCCUGGCCACCAGGGAGGGCUCAGGCAUGGUGAGGGCUGGGCAGAACAGGUGGUAGAAGGGCUGUGCAGGAGGACCCUGCUUUAAAAUAAAGGUUUUUCCCUAGCUGUGAGCAGCGAUCCCCUCUGCGGGGUCAGGGUUUGUUGUUUCCAAGCUCCAGCCAGCCCUGCAGAGCUCUCAUGCAGAGAUCCCACAAGCUCCACUGGCAUCCCACACUCCCAGUGCCCAAGGGCAUCCGGGAGCUCAGCCACCUCCAAAAAUCAUCGACUAGGCUUAAAAGCAGCAGAAAAUACAGACACACAUUGCACAAGCCUUGUUUUAUUGAGGAAGAAAAGAAAGCAGCUCAGAGAGCAGGGGUGAGGAGUGCUGGCAGAGCAUCCUGCAGCCAGGGGGCCUGUAAGUACCCAGCCCUUCCAGCUUUACAGCCAUCUCAGGCCAGCAGCUCUCCCCACAGCACUCCAAAACACGCCGUUUUAUCUGUUUAUUGUAGAAGGCUUGUAGGAGGAGGCUUCUUUCCCCCUCUGGCAUUCGGGGCAGCAGCAAUCACAUUCCCCAGGGGCUGCACAGGGUCCUGGCCCAAUAAACGCUGCCCAGCACCUCUGCUGCCUCACACCUUGUCUUUCCAAGCCUGUUUUCCAAGGACUGUGGUGGGCUUCUGUCCCUCUUGAUGCACCCACAGGCUGAAGGUGCUGGUGGGGGGAGCUGUAAAGCCUUGAGCAGGAAAAUGCCACAUUUUGGAAGGCAGCUUCUGACAACAACACAGCAGGUACUGGAGCAGUGGGGAAGGACAGAGAGCGCAGUGGGACACUUGUGAUGAUCACCUGCAGCUCCAGGGAUUUUCAGUGAGAUGCUUCACUCCACUGCUGUUCUCCUGACACUAACACUGUUGUCCCAAGCGUAGCAGCACUGUAUGCUUGCAAAUCCAUGAAGCAUUUGGUUUAUCCAUGAUCCCCAGGCCUUAUUUUGGAACAAUACGAGGUGGUUGUAAAAGGUGA